GCGGGCGCGCUUAACGGGGGGUUUUUUUUUCGAGCUUCGAGGGUCGAGAGCGAGAGAUUGAGCAAUCUGGUGCGAUUGUGUCUCUUGUAAUCUGCCCAUGAGAGUCACUUCGUUGCCUCCACCGCCUCCUUUUCUCUUUCUUGUCGUUACUUCUCUGUAUGUGGAUUCUUUUGGUGGUUUUCGCGUUUCGUUUGGCGGUGUGUGGUGCCAUAUCCAUUCCCCAGGGUUUCGGGUUGCCGGACGCCGUGUUUGUUGCUAGUUUGUAAGCUUGGUCGUGUUCUGGAGAGGUUUGGGCUGCUUGACUUACGGUUUCUGUCUCGAUUGCAAAGAAAUCGUCAGUCGAAGCUCCAGCUCCUUCGAAGCUUGCGGUUUACGUGGACGUUUUUCUUAUUUUUUCGGUUUUCAAGGGGGAUAGUUAGUGGGAGGAGUUAUGGCUCAGCGAUUGCCUCCCGGUUAUCGCUUUCAUCCUACUGAUGAAGAGCUUGUUGCGUAUUACUUGAAAUACAAAAUCAAUGGGAAGCAGAUUGAGAUGAACCCCAUCGCUGUGGUAGACCUCUACAAGUGCGAGCCAUGGGAUUUGCCUGUGAAGUCUGGCGUUGGAGGCAAUGAUCAGGAGUGGUACUUCUAUAGUGCUCGGGACAAGAAGUACCCAAAUGGUGCCCGUACCAACCGAGCCACGCAGCGUGGCUACUGGAAGUCUACCGGCAAGGACCGGGUUGUCAAGUGUGCGAUUUCGACUGGUAUGAAGAAGACCCUUGUUUACUACACAGGGCGAGCUCCACGCGGCGAACGCACUGAUUGGGUCAUGCACGAGUAUAGAAUGGAAGAUAGAGUGUAUGAGAAUUUAAGAGGGCCUCAAGAGCCUUACGUUCUCGCCCGUGUCUUCAAGAAGAGCGGGUCUGGUCCAAAGAACGGGGAGCAAUACGGUGCCCCGUUUAUCGAGGAACCUAGCAGCCCUCUCUCUGGUAAUGGAGGAGAGACUUCUGAGCCUUAUGAGCAACCUGCCGUUGAGUAUCCUCUGCCACUGCUGAAGGUCGAGCCUGGCCUUUCACCACAGUUGGAGAAUUAUGGAAAUGAAUGUGAAUCUCCGUAUUUCAAUAACAUGUGCAUGCAGGAGCUGGAAGAUCUCAUGUUCAGUGAAUCAUUCGAUACGGAUGUUCCUAGGCUUGCGAAUGGCGAUUUAGAUGGGGUUUCUAUCGGCUCCCCCACGUCUGUGCAAGAUGGAUUCAGGUGGGAGGAUCUUUUACCUGAGCAGCCUCAGGCUACUACCGAGGACGAUACAUGGAAGGACCUUGUAAUUAACAAUGUGGACGAGCUCUUGUCAGGCAAUGACCGUUUCAUUGCCGAUGGCAGUCUUGGUAUGGGCACAACACAACAUGUGGUGCACGAUACGGAUGAUCUGCUUUCUGGUCCUGGGGAUUACUCAGGUGAUGGCGACUUUUUGGAGAUCAAAGAUUUGAUCAAUCUUGAAGAUGAUAUUGACGUCUCUGGCUCAAAUAUUUCGGUUGGUGAGUAUGAAGGAUUCGACUUCAGUGCUUCUGCAAUUCAAUUGCGACCUCCAAGGAUCGUUCAAUGGCCGAUGCAAUUUGACCCUCAGGGUGAGACUUCUCGACGAAUGUUGUUGGCGUGUCGUCCUGGAAGCCAGCCGGAGCAGUUUUCUAGUACUUUGUCAGCCCCAAGGAUCCUCCAUACCAGUGCGUCUUCUAGAAAUUUGUCGGAUUUUGCUGAUCGCGCGAUAUCCAGUACUGGUCUUCACACAUCUGCAGAAGAAGGGUGGUCAAAUGACGGAGACCUUGUGACUUUGGCGCGCGAGGGUUCUGGUUAUGUACCAGAUGCAGAUUUUGGGUCGAAUGUUGAAGGUACGCAGUCUUCUUCAAGCUUUGUGGAUCCGGAAGAUGCAGGCAUUGUUGCUCCUUCUUGGGGCGCUGGAGGUGAUCCGGUGUCAGAUUAUCCAGCUACUUCUACAGAGUUUUCCUCUAAUUACUGGGAGACGUGUGGCUCCGAUCCCGUCCCUCAAGCUGCAGACAUUAAACAGAAAGCAUCUGGGAAACUAACUUCAGGAUUAAGUAGUCUCUUGACACCAAUUCUUCCAGCCUCAGCUGCUGAGCUACCCAGCUUCUCUAAUACUUACGUGACAGCUUCCGAUACACAUGUGACUGCCUUAACCAUUACCUGUUCAUGCUCUGAAAAUGGUGCGAAGACUGUGCAGGCUGUUAUGAUGAACUACGCUGGAGGGAAAUUACACCAAGAGACGAUGUCUGGAACAUGGAAACCUUGCACCGAAGAUUGCAAACUACAAAAUUGUGUCCAUUGCAGCCAAAGAAGAGCAUCUCAAAGGCAAUUAGCGAAGGGGUCUAGAAGUGGUUUUGUGUAUGUUUUCUUGUUGGGAGUUGUCUCAGCUAUUAUCUGGUUUUUGUUGUUGCGAGGCUCAUGGCGGAUAGCACAACAUUUGUAUAAUCUGAUUUUGUAACUUCCACUUCUGCUCCUAGUUUGUAGAUAUUUUUUUAAUAUCUGAGCUGUACAUUUACCACUUGUCUAGGCUAAAUUAUGUAUAGUAGUUUCAAUUUCAUUGCCAUCAGGUCAAUUCAAUCCAUGGUUGAUUGACUAGCGCAAUCUAUCUUAGAGAAGUCGCGGCAGAUGCUAGCCUGGGACAUUGAAAUCCAAUGCCUGCAAUUGUUUGAAGUUAAUAUCUUCAAAUCUGUAAUUUUUACAUAUUGUCAGCAAAAAGGAAACGACAAAUUUUUCUGCGCAACUUUUUUUCAUAA